GGAUGAGCGCCGCGGCCGCCACCGGCGUCUUCGUGUUAUCCCUCUGCGCCAUCCCCAUCACCUACCUCUUCAACGCUUCGGCUGCCACCGGCAGCUCUUGGGUCAUUGUAGUAGCUGGAUUGUUGAUUCUGCUCUUAGUGGGCUUGGCAGCUCGAUUUCUGGUGAAAAGGAGACCCCCAAGCGAUCCACUUUUCUAUGUUUACGCGGUGUUCGCUUUCACCAGCAUCGUCAAUCUAAUUAUUGGGCUAGAACACGAUGGGAUAAUCGAUGGAUUCAUGACUUAUUACUUGAAAGAGGGCGAACCUUAUCUGAACACGGCUUAUGGCCACAUGAUUUGCUACUGGGAUGGUUCCGUUCAUUAUCUGAUGUAUCUCUUGAUGGUGGCUGCCAUUGCCUGGGAGGAAAAUUAUCGGAUGAUUGGCUUGUACUGGCUGGGAUCCAUCACAAUGAGCAUAAUUGUCUUUAUCCCUGGAAACAUUGUGGGAAAAUAUGGAACAAGAGUGUGUCCUGUAUCUUUGUUAAGUGUGCCGUAUAUUUGUCUCCCACUAUGGGCUGGCUUCAAAAUCUAUAAUCAACCACCAGCGGAUGACUAUUUCCCAACAAAGAUCAUUAAAGAAGUUCAGAAGCAAAAUCUUCUGAGAAGACCGACUGACUUUCUCUUGGCUUCGUAUUUCAUUUUGGCAACUGGAUUUUGCCUCUUCAGGGGCAUGAUUGUUUUGGACUGUCCAGGCGAACUGUGUCGACUUUACAGCCAACUUCAUGAGCCAUACCUCAAGGAUCCUGUUGCCUAUCCAAAGCUUCAGAUGUUAGCCUACAUGUUCUACUCGGUGCCAUACUACAUAAUUUCGGUAUAUGGUCUGCUUGUACCUGGAUGUUCCUGGAUGCCCGAUUUAACUCUUAUUCAUGCUGGAGGACUAGCCCAGGCUCAGUUCUCACACAUUGGCGCUUCCAUACAUGCCAGAACGCCGUACAUCUACAGAGUCCCCGAUGAAGGGAAGAUGUGGUUUCUCCUUCUCAACGUGAUCCAUGCAGUCCUCCCCCAGCUGUUUGCAUAUCGCUGUGUCCGCAACCCUGAGUUUUUCAUGAAAGCCCAACUGGAAGAGAAGGUGGACUAGGAAGAUGGCUUCAAAACUGUGGGGUGUCGCAAAGACGGGGUCCCAAGUUGGAAGCAAAAUUAUUGAAAAUAAAAGACUUCUGUCUUCCAUAAUAUUUCUUCGAGAGCUUGCUUCCCGUUUCCGUCCGAACACGGGAAUCUCUUUCUCCAAAUAGAACCAGUUUUGUUGGGGACGCGCUACAAGAGUCUUUGUGGGGUGGUGAUGGCGGUGACGUUGAAAACAUUGUGUUGUCCAAACUCUUGUUAAUAAACUCUCUCACCCGUUGUCUCUCUAAAUGCUCCCCCUCUGUACCAAACUCAUUUUCAACUGUUGAAUU